AUGUCCGAGACGUCGGAGAGCGAGGUUAACAUAAAGGAACUGGGCGAGAUGUACGCAGAAAUCACAAUUCAAUUCGAAGCAAUUCCUGUAAAGGAGCCGGAAGUUAAAGAAAUUAUCCCCGAUGUCCCAAGCCCAACUCAUAGUGAGCGAAGAAAGGCUUAUCACUACCAAAAGCUUUUAAGGGAAUAUGAAGUCGCUGUGCUAGAAGGAAUUAAUGCAAAAAAAAAUAACUUCAAGUAG